AUCCCUCAAAUCCACUCAGCAUCAAUUUCAAAGUCUCCUUGUUACUCCGAAUUCACACCCAUCCAGUUCAUCAUUCUCAAAGAUCUAGUCCGUAACACAUACGUGUCAAAUCCUUUGUCAUCAGUCACUCAUUUUACCAACCUUUUCAUAAUGAAUCUUAAAGCUCAAGUUUUCAUCGUGAUGGCUUUACUACAUGUUGCAAUUGCUUCUGUCCUCCCAGCCCGAUCCGUCCAGACAGCGUCACAAACAGUCUCGGUCCACGAUUCGCAAGAGACUUACGUUUCUCAAGAUGAUGAAGAGGUUAAUUAUCAUUCCAACAUACCCACCACCCAUCAAAGCUAUGAAAACUCUGCAAGCUCUAGCACAGUACAAACAAAGGGGAAAACAGGCGGUUUCAACUAUCGGUUCACAAUGCCAGGUGGUAUGAAGAUGUCAAGUAUGACGACGUCCGGUAGUAUGAAGAUUCCAAGUUUCCCAGCGGCCGGUGAAGUCAAGAUGCCAGCUGUUCCAUCCACCGGCUACAACUCUACAGAUGCACCAACUACUAGCGCUAAAUACCCAAAUAUGAGAUAUUGGAAAGCAUAACAACCUUUCACCCGGUACUUGACCUUCAUUAGGGAUGUUUAUUCGAUUUACGACUUUAUCUACACUACAUGUUGUUGACUUGUUCAUUGAAUAAUGAUUUGUGUGCUUCGAUUUGUGCUUCUUUUGCUGUGCAUCAAGAGUCCUAAUCACUUACAUAUUUUCAUUCUUCUCAAUCUCAUGCAUCUGUCUUUUUUUUCUCUCUUAAUCUAUUCUCAUUGUUGAAGACCGAUUUCCUAGACUUCGGUUUGAAUGUUGGUACUCCAAUUUGACCUUUUCUAUUACCUUCAUUGUAGCUCUAUUGAUUCUAAUAUUUGUACACUGCUGAUUUGCUCCUUGGACUUUAACUAGCUCGCUUAAUCAAGUUGUUCAUGUGCUCGAUAAAUGAUUAUUGUUUCAAUGAGGGCAAGGUGGAAUACUGAACUCAUCAUGAACCAUGUAUCAUUGCUUUCCUCACUAUGAGUCACUAAAAAGGAGCAAUCAAACAUAUAAGGAGCGUAUGACUUUGUAUUUCACUGAUUGUUGAGUUUGCAGAUGAGUGAGAGCACUUGGUAUAUAUGUGUACAAGGCUGCAAUUGAUUCACAAAUGAAUAUC